AUGAUACUUACACAUGACAGUUCAACAAGACCGCUUCUCCCUACUGAUGAGGACAACUUGAACACACAAUUGGAAAGGAAGGGUAGACAACAAUCAAGGGGUAGAGCAAGAAAUCAGUUGAGCCCGCAGAGAAGUGUCUCCAAUAGGAACGUGGCAGAGAUGCUAUUGGGGAGAUCCACAACUCCUGUUCAAAAGGCCCUUACCGAUACUAAUAAUUUCAUUGAGAUGGGGGCGAAACAUAAUAAUAAUGAUGAUAAUGACGAUAAUACUAAUAAUAAUACUAAUGACAACGACACUAAUCUCCUGGAUGAGACGAUUGAUGAAACUGAUGACAAUGACGAUCAAGCAUCACUUGGAAGUCAAGAUAAUACAACAAUGAAUGGAUUAUCAAUGGAUGCAAGUUUCAAGAAAAGAAAAGACGAAUGGGCAGAAAGAGGUGCGGCCAAGAUUAUACAAGAAUCCAUUAAUCCAGAAACUGGACAGAAAAUGAGGCAUGUAGUUAAAAAGGGAAUCAAAGAUUUUAAAUUUGGUGAAAUGUUAGGUGAUGGUGCUUAUUCCACAGUAAUGUUAGCCACAUCGAAUGAUUCUGGAAAGAAAUACGCUGUAAAAGUAUUGAAUAAGGAAUAUUUGAUACGUCAGAAGAAAGUGAAAUAUGUUAACAUUGAGAAAUUAGCACUACAAAGAUUGAAUAAUUCAAGAAGCAUAAUUAGAUUGUUUUUUACUUUUCAAGAUGAAGCCAGCUUAUAUUUCCUAUUAGAGUACGCCCCCAAUGGUGAUCUUCUUUCCCUUAUGAAGAAAUUUGGUUCUCUUAAUGAAGAAUGUUGCUGUUAUUAUGGUGCACAAAUCAUUGACGCCAUAAAAUUUAUGCAUUCAAAAGGUAUUAUCCACAGAGAUAUUAAACCUGAAAAUAUUUUACUGGAUAAAGAUAUGAAAGUUAAAAUAACAGAUUUUGGUACAGCCAAGAUAUUAGAUAACAAGCCUCCAGGAACAUCAUAUGACCUACUUACCAGAUCAAAAUCUUUUGUGGGGACUGCAGAAUAUGUUUCUCCUGAACUACUUAAUGACAAUUAUACAGAUGCUCGUUCGGAUAUUUGGGCAUUUGGAUGUAUUGUAUUUCAAAUGAUAGCAGGGAAACCACCAUUCAAAGCUACCAAUGAAUAUCUAACUUUCCAAAAAGUUAUGAAAGUCCAAUAUGCAUUCACUGCAGGUUUUCCUACAGUGGUAAGAGAUUUAGUGAAGAGAAUCCUGAUCAAGGCUCCAGAACAAAGACUUACCAUAGAGGCAAUUGAAAAACAUCAUUUUUUUAGAAGUAAGAAUUUUCAAGAUUCAUCAAUUUGGAAUGACCCUGCACCUGAAAUCCAACCAUAUAAGAUUAAUGCUAAAUCGAUGCAAGCAGUUCCACAACUAAAGGAUAUUCCACUUCCAAAAAGAAUAGUAAGUAGUUUACCCAAGAAGACAAUUCCUAGACCUUCAUCGGCAACAUCACCGUUGGUGACGAGGGUAAACACAGACUCAUCAUCUCAUUCUCUAACGCCUCAAUUGAAAAAGGGUCCCAAAAAAGUGCCUGACGAAAGAACUAGAGAGAUCUUAGAAAAUGCAAGAAAGGGCAUUAAUCAAAGGAAAAAAAAUUUAAAGCAACGAGCACCAAGUGGUGCUGCGUUGGCAGCAUCUGCAGCAUUAACCAAAAAUACUUCCCUUUUUGCACAUAAGAAAUCUCCAAAAUCUGCAUCUACAACAAAAGUUAAUUUGACAUCGUCGUCAGGUGGCAAAUCCUCACAAAACGCAACCAUCCAUCAACCUAGAACUCCUAACCCAGAACAGCACACGGAAUCCGUAAGUUCACAACAUACUGAUAGUAUCAAUAAAUCAAGAGAAAGCACUCCAAACUUAAAUGGCGCCAAAAAAUCACCUCAAAGAACUGUUUCUGCAUCCGCAUCUUCACCGGCACUACCGAUUAUCACACCGCCUGCAACACCGAAACCUCGUGCAGACAUAUAUCAACAGUUUCUUAACAAGACCGAUAUUCAGUGGUCAUUCUAUUUGGAAAGCAUCGAUGAACAUGUAAUGUUGACAGACGAAUUUACAAUUGCAGUCAUGGACAAUGAACUUUUUGAGAAACGUCUUCACAAAUUUCAUGCCAACCUAGUACUACCGCAAACACUUGGUAUUCAGAAAACUACCCUUUUAUCUCAAGUUGUUAGAGGCGGUGCGACAGGGUUUAGAAAUGAUGAUAGUAUUAAUUUAACUCCAGAGAGUAACUUUUACGAACAUCAUAGUUUUGAUCCAGAUCUGAUAGCAGACGACUAUAUGAUCCCCACUGGUGAUAUCUCUGCACUACUAACAAACAAUUUUAAUUUAGCACCCGUUGAAGAAGAACAGCCCCCUAAGGGAGAACAAACUAACGCUCCUAAUAUGAAUAAUGAAAAUUCAGCAUUCACAGGAAAAUUUAAAAAAUUAUUUCAACAUUCAAGAUUGGGCACUCAAACAGAGACAACUCCACAAGAUAGAUGUUAUAAGAGACUAAUAAUUUUAACUAGUUUUGGCCGCUGUCUAAUAUUUGUAAAGAGGAGGACAGUAAAUGCUGAUACCAACCUACUUUAUGAUCUCUCAUGCGAAAUAAAGUUAUGCGAGAUUGGCUGUGAAAUUAAGGAAGUUCUUCCUCCACCUUCAACUACUAGUGGGGCUACUACUACAAGUAAUAACUUGAUAGUUAUUCACACUCCCUAUAGAUCAUUCAUUCUUGGAAGUGAAAAUAACGAUCAUUCUUUAUGGUUUAACAUGUUUAGCCAGUGUAUUAAACUUGGGUUUGAAAAUAAAUUGAAACAUAAAUCUAAGAAGAGUGAACCCCAUUUCGAACCAGAUUUACAAAAUGAUCAAUGUAAAAGUUCACAAUCAGCAAAUAUACUUUCUCCGAAACCUCCCAGAUUCUUAAAUCCAAUAGUGACCAAGAAUGAUGUCUUCACAGAUAACAGUCCUUCGACACCUUCAAGUAAAUCAUCUCCUUCGACACCUGAAUUGCGGAAAAAUUCUUUUUCCAAAACAUUGAAGAAUAACACUAAUAGAACAAGUCGUAUCUUUAAUGCUUUUGUCAGUUCAAGAGAGAAAACAGGGAAAAAGCAUGGUGUCACUCCAGUUCCAUCUUCUGGAAAUUUGGUCAAUGGGUUACCAAACAAUGCGGCAAAGGCCAUUUUUGGGCUAGGUUUGAGCGAUAGUAGUAAUUACUCUAUUGAAAAGACUAACACGGAAACAUCAUCAUCAUCAAAGUCUAAUAUUUCCAGAAGAACAGUAAGCUCUAGUGGCUCCCGUUUACUAAAUAUAAGUGAGCAAGAGUUUAGGCCAAAUAAGCACUGA